AUGGCGCAGGACCUCUUCAUCCUCGGUCAAUCAAUCAGACCAGAGAGAAAGUAAGCUGCCGUCGCGGCCUUCGUCGCCGUCUCCACCGCAGAAAACCCUAGAGAGUGCUCCCCGCUCGAGGCAAAGUCGAGAGCCGGUACUUCCACUUCAUAGUUCUCUCCCCAUUGUCUGUUUUACUCGAUACCCAUUUUCAGUCUUAAAAUAAAAUUAUCAACGCAAGAAUUUAAAUAAGGAAAAUCAAAUGACAAUACACAAAAUUGCAUUUUCUUCCGAGCUUCCAAUUUUCUAAAAUUCCAUACUUUUUCUUUUAAAUACUUCAAUAUUUUUGUAAAUAAAAAAAAAAUGAAAUGGUGUUUGAUUCGUUCCAUUGAAGGUUUCCUGCAGGCCAGGGAAUGAGCCGUCGCCCCCCCGCAGCAGCGGCGAGAGCAGAAGCACCCCCAGGGACGGUGAAGACUCGCCAGAGUUUCGUUACCUGAGGAUGAUCCUGGAGGGCGUGGGCCUCCUCGGCAAGAUCCGCAGUGGGCUUCCGGCGACGCUGGCGAGGUGGCACCUGCCAUCCCACCCACUCGACCCCGCGGGCUUCCACCGGCUCGAGCUCUCCCUGCUGGAGGAAGAGGACGAGUUGCGAAGUCUCGGCCAUCUAAGCCGACGGUGCAACCGCAAGCUGCUCUACGAUCUGGUGGACGAGGCCGUGGAGAGAGUCCUCCGGCCGUGCCUCGGUAUCAAACCGUGGGAACAUUACCGAGCCGGGAAUUCAAGAGCGGUGGUGACGAUCAUGAGGAAGAAGGACGGAGGGGAGGCUCUCCUCUGGCACCUCUGGUCUCGUCUCCGUGGCUUCCAGCAGGAGGGCAAGGGCAUGACUCAGCUGGAGACCUUACACCUCGUGGAAGAUUUCGAAGACUGGAACGGAGUUCGCUGCUUCGCUUCCCAUCCCCCAGUGAGGAAGGAGAUGGAGGCUGUAGUGGCCUUCCUCGAGGCUGCCAUCGUCGACUCGCUGGUGGAGGAGGAAUGUCAUGGUCUAGACCUGAAUCUGAAUAACAUGCUGUACAACGAAUGGGAUCUUUGA